AUGUUGUUCGCAAUCGUCUUCGUGUGCACUCGCUUCUCGCAAAUCGUCACUCUGACACCGCCAGUUGGCAUGCUCAGCUGGUUCGUCGGCAAGUUCAACGACGCAAACGUCCUCACGCCCAACGCCAUCCUGGUCCUCUUCAUCGUCACCGUUCUCGCCCUCGCCUGGUCCGUCUUCACCCUGCUCGCCUACAGCCGCUCCUCGCACAACGCGCUCUUCGUGGCCUUUGUCGACCUCUGCUUCCUCGGCGCCCUCGUCGCGGGCAUAUACUUCUUGCGCGGGAUCCAGUUUGCCGACUGCCAGGAUCCGGCCAGGGACGAGAUUUGGUUCAACAAGAUUCACGAUGUGGGCAUUCCGGGCUUCUCUUGGGCCGUCAACAAGCCCUGCGCCAUGCUCAAGGCUUCGUGGGCCUUUGCCAUUAUGAACACCGUCUUCUUUGCCGUCACUGCGUUUGCUGCGUGGAGCCAUGGCGACAGCGACGUCUAUGUUGAGCGCGAGCAGAUUGUGCGCCGAAGAUCUCACUCGCACAGCGGUAGCCACAGCCGUCGUCAUCGCAGCCAUUCGGGCUCGGGCCACAGCUACCAGUCCGCUCGUCGAGUCUAUGUAUAA